AUGAACGAGCUGGACGACAACAGCACCGCCUGCGCUGUCUGCAAGACAUCCACCACAAACAAGUGCACUGGUUGCAAGACACACACUUAUUGUAGCAAGGACUGCCAGGCCAAGGAUUGGUCUGCGCACAAGGUUCUCUGCAAGGAUACCCAGUUGGAGCGCAAGCUUGCCCGCGUCGCUGAGGUCGUUCACGAGGCCUAUCUUACCUUCCGUGAGAACACAUGGGACGGGGUGAUCACAAAGGUUGAAGACAAGGAGGAUGCGCUGAUCAUCCACGACGGCAACAACUGGGGCAACCCACAGCAUUUCACCGCGUUUCCACACGAUGUCGUCCCCAACAGCAGGCGCGCGAAGCUCGGUGUCCUGACAGCGUGGACGUGCGACGAGCCGUAUGCCUUCAUGGAUACUCUGAUCGUAAAGCUUCUCGAUGGACUCAACGUCGACAUGCAUGAAAUCUCCGUACACUUCAGCCACGUUCCCCGCAAGACUGUCGCCGUAACUUACCCUACCGGAAAGCUGCAGUCCAACUGGCCUAAAUACCAACACACGGUGCUUCGGCUUACGUCUCGAAGGAGCGGCAAGCAGUGGGUCAUGGACUUUGCUGGUGGCCAGUACGGCAUCGUGAAGCCCUUCCACACGUGGGUACAGUACAAGGCCCUCUUUGUGCAAAAGCUUGUCAGCAUAUACGACAUGGGCACGAACAAGCGUAUCUUCGCCGAGCUCGCCAAGAUCGCAGGUUUACCUACCCUUACCUACGGCCUGGUUGGCAGGGCUGCUGCGAAGCUAGACCAGGCCAUUGGCACCUGGGAGACUGAGCACAAGCCUCUCUUAACCCUGAGAGGUCUCCAGGACGUCGAGUUCGAUCGGCAGAAGUCUAGUCUGCUGGGUGCCGUUGACAAAGCGGUACACACCUUCAUUACGACCACUGACUUUGCACCUGUCGUCCGGAAGGCCCACGCAAUCAACACUCCUCACGACCGAAUGAAAAAAAAGGUCGAACAGCUGUACGGCGAGGCGAACCUGUUACAACGUAGUGCAUCUGACAAGCGUUCACUGACGGGAGAGGAUGGCAAUGAGCAUUCGCUCCAAGAUUUCGCUCAAAUGGCAAGGUCGCGUGGGCUGCACCCAAUAGUGAUCGACGGCUCAGGUGGUAAGGCUACCAAGGUCCAUCACAUCUUUAUUUGA